AUGGGUCAAAAAAAUACUAAAAUAACUGCGCAAGACCGCGCUAUACUUGACCUUAAAAUUCAACGAGAUAGAUUAAAGCAGUAUCAGAAAAAGAUACAACUUGUAAUAGACAAAGAGAACGAGCUAGCGAAAGCUGCGAUUCUUCGAAAUGAUAAAAGACGCGCGUUACUCGCUCUCAAAAAGAAGAAAUACCAACAACAGUUACUAGAUAAAACCGACGAGCAACUCUUGAAUCUUGAUGAGCUGACGCAAUCGGUGGAAUUCGCUGUUGUUCAAAAAGAAGUGAUGGCAGGUUUGUCACGUGGUAACGAGAUAUUGAAUGAACUUAAUAAAGAAGUAUCGCUAGAGAAAGUUGAAAAAUUGAUGGAAGAUACCGAAGAUGCAAUUGCUUAUCAGAAAGAAAUCGAAGAACUUAUAAGUGGUAAGAUAACAGAUGAAGACGAGGAGGAAAUCCUCAAAGAAUUGGAGGAAAUUGAAAAGGAACAGAUUCAAUCACAAUUGAAACUGCCUUCGGUCCCCACACAAGAACUUCCUGUAGAUGAGCAACUUAGCGAAGAAGAACCAGCUAUACAGAAUAAAGAGAAGCCACGAAAGGAAGGCAAAAAAUUGCAACCUCUCGAAGCCUGA